CACUGCAAGCAGGAGAGGGAGGGUCAACAUGGCGUCUGAACAGGAGAGUUCCAAUGGGCCUGUGAAAAAGUCAAUGCGGGAGAAGGCUAUUGAAAGACGCAAUAUUAACAAGGAACACAACAGUAACUUCAAAGCAGGAUAUGUACCCAUAGAAGAAGAACGUCUUCAUAAAACUGGACUGAGAGGACGAAAGGGAAACAUGGCUGUUUGCAUCGUUAUCCUCCUCUUCAUCCUCGCCUUAAUUAACCUCAUUAUCACUCUGGUAAUAUGGACAGUGAUUCGUAUUGGUCCGAAUGGUUGUGACAGUAUGGAGUUCCAUGACAGUGGCCUGCUGCGCUUCAAACAGAAGGCAGACAUGGGCAUCAUUCACCCACUGCACAAGAGCACAGUAGGGGGCCGAAAGGACCAGGACCUCGUUCUUGUCGGCAACAAUAAUCCGGUUGUGUUCCAGCAAGGCACUACUAGGCUGAGCGUGGAGAAAGAAAAGACCUCAGUCGUCAGUGACGUUGGCAUAUCCUUCACAGACCCCCGGACACAGAACACGUACUUCAGCACAGACUUUGAAAACCAUGAGUUCCACUUGCCAAAAGGAGUCAAGAUUCUCAGUGUUAAAAAGGCUUCCACAGAAAGGAUCACCAGUAGUGCAUCUUCUGACCUGAACAUUAAAGGAGACGGCAAGGCCAUCAUUCGUGGAAACGAGGGCGUCAACAUCAUGGGCAGGACAAUAGAGUUCAAAAUGGGCGGAAACAUCGAGCUCAGGGCUGAGAACAGCAUCGUUCUGAAUGGAUCAGUCAUGUUUAAUGCUACACGCAUCCCUAACUCUGCAGGAGAUGUGUAUUUUGAUGAAGGCAUGGAGAGGUAUAAGCUCUGCAUGUGUGCAGAUGGGACUCUGUUCCGUGUGCAGGUGAAAUAUCCCAACAUGGGCUGCCAGACUUCAGAUAACCCGUGUGGGAAAACUCAGUAGGAGAGUUGGCUGAAGUCUACUUUCACGUGUCUACAUUUUGUCGGCACUGAAGUCAGAUGACUUAUUUGGGUGUAUAGAAAAUUCUAUAGGACAUUCAUCAUGACUUGCACAUAAUAAUACCUCUGCCGUGUACCCGUCAAAUUAUGUAUUUCUUAUUUAACAGGAAUUGUAUUACAGAUCAUUGCCACUUGGCCAAAGAUAUGCACAUAUGUGUUUUAAUGGUUUGCAGAUGUGCCAACUGUGUCAUAAAUAAUGCCAUAUCAGUAUAACACUCUCAUGGUUGUUUAUAAUGGCCAUUGAUAGAAAUGAGAAACAACAGUAAUUUCUGUUUGCCUUACCGUCCAGUAUUACCAAUUUACAAACCUUCUAGAGGUUUGUAAAAUAUUGUAUUUGCUCAUUGUUUCUGGCAGCUUUGUUUGAGAUUUUUUAUUAUAUUUACUGAGGAGCGUUAGACACUACAUGACAAUAUGUAAUAUUCAAUUUGGCAUAAACUGUACAAUAUAAGACACAUUUUGUAAGCCGUCCGGUAAUGCUAAAGCAGCAGAUAAGUGCUCUAUCUGGGACUGACUGUAAUGCACGUGCCAAUGGAUUUAAAAGGGAUGAUAUAAAAUAUAAUAUGUAUCUAAUUUUGUUGAAAAAAGUUUUGUAAAGCAAAAAAAACACACUAUUCAAUAACAGAGGGAGAGUUGUGCUCCCAAAAAUAUAUAUAAUAAUAAUGAUUGACAGGAAAGUAAAUCAUUUUGGCUUUAACGUCUGUAUUGAGUGGGUUGAAUUUUGUGCAAUAUAGUAUAAAAUAUUUGACUUUCAUUUUGCUCUGGAUUGUCUUGUCUUUGAAAAAAAAAUGCUGAUGUCGAGAAAUGUCAUACAGUAGAUGUUGUCAGAGCCUGCUGUGAGAAAACAUGUGUUUGAUCAACUAAUGAAAAUAACAACAGAAAAACAGCCUUAUUUUGAAAAAAUGUUGAACAUUUCAUUGCUAUGUUUGUUUCAAUAAAGAGACAUGUUGCUAUGUGAAA